ACACCCACACCCACACCCACACCCACACCCACACCCACACCCACACCCACACCCACACCCACACCCACCCACGCGAUGUUAUUGGUAAGAUGUUUCGAUAUGAAAAUUCAGAACUUUAAAUUAAUAUUAUUAAUAUACAUUUUAGGCAAACGAGCAAAUGAGAUAGGUCCCCUAGCAACAUUUCGCGAGCUCGUGGAAGCUGCUGAUGAAAAAAUGCUCGCAGCAGAUUCAACUGGUGGAGUAUUAAAACCAAUGAAAGAACAAAAUCAAUUAUUGAUUUAUACAAUAAUGUUCAAGGAUGGUAUUGAUGGAAAUAAUAAUGUUCCACUAGCACACGCUAUAUUAACAGAUCAUACAGUCCCUGGUAUCGGUUAUUUUCUUGGCAAUGUAAUUCAUAGUGUCAAUCAAGUGACAACAAAGAAAAAACUACGCCCACCUUCAUUUAUCGUUAUCGAUUUUUCUGCUGCUCUUAUGAAUGCCGCUCUUCAACAAUUCAAUAUUGAAACUGUUAACGGACAUCUCAAACGAUGCUGGAAUGUUAUACAUCGCAAAUAUAGUGCUGAAAUAAUUCGAUCAUUAUCUUUUAUUCAUUUGUGCUGUUGUCAUGUUAUGCAUGCUGUGGCAAGAAGUCUGAAUGCUGAAAAAAUUGAAAAGAAAACGCGAGAAGCUGUGUUAUAUAUAUUCGCUUAUAUGUUAUGUAGCAAUGAUAUCAAUCAGUUAUAUGACACAUUGGGAUUAGUGAUUGAUAUAUUCGGCGAUCCAAAUGAACAGAACGCAAAAAAGAAGCUUGAUCGAAUAGGUUCUCUUCAAUUAAACGUUGAUGAAGAAAGUGAGUCAGUUUUAAAGGAUUUUGAUAAUAUUUUUAAAACAGCUGAAAAGAAAGAAGAAGUAUUAAAGCUUGUCGAUGAAUAUUUUGAUUCCAAUGAACCUAUCAUUCAUCAAUCACCAUUCAAUAAAGAAGCUAUCAAACGUUAUCCAUUGCUGAAUGAGAUAGUAAUUAAAAAAAAAUAA